AUGGGUGUUAGACGGAUUUCCCAGAACAAAGGUGCAAGCCCUAUCACUUGUUGCAGCAAGCAAGGAGCUGGGAACAAGCUUGGACACUGUGCUCAUGCUGCACAGUGGCGAGGACUGUGCACGCUAGGCAGUUGGAAGUCAGAAAGCCCAUCGAUUUCGCUGAUUUUUCCUGAAAUGUAUAACGCUAGACGCUAG